AUGGCAAAUCCUGAGGUAGUUGUAAAUAGCUGCAGCUCUCAUGAAGACGAAAGUCACUGCACUUUUAACCAUCAUACAUCUCCAUCUGAAGAGCUUCUAUUAGAAGACCAGAUGAGGCGAAAACUCAAAUUUUUUUUUAUGAAUCCUUGUGAGAAGUUCUGGGCUCGAGGUAGAAAACCAUGGAAACUUGCCAUACAAAUUCUAAAAAUUGCAAUGGUGACUCUCCAGCUGGUCUUGUUUGGGCUAAGUAACCAGAUGGUGGUAGCUUUCAAGGAAGAGAACACUAUCGCAUUCAAACAUCUCUUCUUAAAAGGAUAUAUGGACCGAAUGGAUGACACAUAUGCAGUGUACACACAAAGAGAUGUAUAUGAUCAGAUCAUCUUUGCAGUGAACCAGUACUUGCAGCUACGCAACAUCUCCAUUGGGAACCAUGCUUAUGAGAACGAGGGUACCAAGCAGUCUGCUAUGGCCAUCUGUCACCACUUCUACAAGCGAGGAAACAUCUAUCCUGGAAAUGACACCUUUGACAUUGAUCCAGAAAUUGAAACUGAAUGUUUCCUUGUAGAGCCAGAUGAACCUUUUCAUAUUGGAACCCUGGAAGAAAAUAAACUCAACCUAACGCUGGACUUCCAUAGACUCCUAACAGUGGAGCUUCAAUUUAAACUGAAGGCCAUUAAUCUGCAGACAGUGCGUCAUCAGGAACUCCCUGACUGUUAUGACUUUACUCUGACCAUAACAUUUGACAACAGGGCCCAUAGUGGAAGAAUUAAAAUAAGUUUAGAUGAUGACAUUUCCAUCAGAGAAUGUAAAGAAUGGCACGUAUCUGGAUCAAUUCAGAGGAACACUCAUUACAUGAUGAUCUUUGAUGCCUUUGUCAUUCUGACUUGCUUGGCUUCAUUAAUCCUCUGCGUUAGAUCUGUGAUUAGAGGACUUCAGCUUCAGCAGGAAUUUGUCAAUUUUUUCCUCCUCCAUUAUAAGAAGGAAGUUUCUAUUUCGGAUCAAAUGGAAUUUGUCAAUGGAUGGUAUAUUAUGAUUAUUAUUAGUGAUAUAUUGACAAUCAUUGGAUCAGUUCUGAAAAUGGAAAUCCAAGCUAAGAGUCUAACAAGUUAUGAUGUCUGUAGCAUACUUCUCGGGACUUCUACCAUGCUUGUGUGGCUUGGAGUUAUCCGAUAUCUCGGUUUCUUUGAGAAGUACAAUCUCCUUAUUUUGACCCUUCAGGCUGCGUUGCCCAAUGUCAUCAGGUUCUGCUGUUGUGCAGCUAUGAUUUAUUUAGGCUAUUGCUUCUGUGGAUGGAUUGUGCUGGGGCCUUACCAUGAUAAGUUCCGUUCUCUGAACAUGGUCUCCGAGUGCCUUUUCUCUCUGAUAAAUGGAGAUGAUAUGUUUGCCACAUUUGCAAAAAUGCAGCAAAAAAGUUAUGGGGUUUGGCUGUUUAGCAGAAUUUACCUCUACUCGUUCAUUGGCCUCUUUAUAUAUAUGAUUUUAAGUCUUUUCAUUGCACUCAUCACUGAUACAUAUGAAACGAUUAAGCAUUACCAACAAGAUGGCUUCCCAGAGACUGAACUUCAUACAUUUAUAUCAGAGUGCAAAGAUCUACCAAACUCUGGAAAAUACAGACUGGAUGAUGACCCUACAGUAUCUUUAUUCUGCUGUUGUAAAAAGUAG